GGCAUCACAAUCCCUGACUUCAAACUCUACUACAGAGCUACAGUACUGAAAACAGCGUGGUACUGGCACAAAAACAGAUAAGAGGACCAAUGGAACUGAAUAGAAGAACUGGAUAUCAAUCCACACAUCUUCGAACACCUGAUCUUUGAUAAAGAAGCAAAAAAUAUCAAAUGGAAAAAAGAAAGCAUAUUUAACAAGUGGUGCUGGCAUAACUUGAUAUCAACAUGUAGGAAAAUGAAAAUAGACCCAUAUCUAUCACCAUGCACAAAACUCAAGUCCAAAAGGAUCAAAGACCUCAACAUAAAGCCAGCCACACUGAACCUUAUAGAAGAGAAAGUGGGAAAUACACUUGAAUGCAUGGUCACAGGGAACCACUUCCUAAAUACUACCCCAGCAGCACAGACACACUGAGAGAAACAAUUAAUAAAUGGGACCUCCUGAAACUGAAAAGCUUCUGUAAAGCAAAGGACACGGUCAACAAGACAAAACGACAGCCUACAGAAUGGGAAAAGUUCUUCACUAACCCCACAUCAGACAGAGGUCUGAUCUCCAAAAUAUACAAAGAACUCAAGAAAUUGGACACCAAAAGAACACAUAAUCCAAUUAAAAAGAAUGGAGUACAGACCUAAACAGAGACCUCUCAACAGAGGAAUCUAAAAUGGUUGAAAGACACUUAAGGAAAUGUUCAACAUCCUUAGUCAUCAGAGAAAUGCAAAUCAAAACAACUCUUGAGAUUCCGUCUUACACAUGUCAUAAUGGCCAAGAUCAAAAACACUGAUGCUGGAGAGGUUGUGGGGAAAAGGGAACACUUCUGCAUUGCUGGUGGAAAUGCAAGCUGGUACAACCCCUUGGGAAGUAAGUAUGGCGAUUUCUCAGAAAAUUAGGAAACAACCUUCCUCAAGACCCAGUAAUACCACUUUUGGGUAUAUAUCCAAAGGAUGCUCAAUUGUGCCACAAGGUCAUGUGCUCAACUAUGUUCAUAGCAGCAUUGUUUGUCAUAGCCAGUACCUGGAAACAACCUAAAUGCCCUUCGACUGAAGAAUGAAUAAGGAAAAUGUGGUACAUUUACACGAUGGAGUACUACACAGCAGAAAAAAAUAACGACAUCUUGAAAUUUGCAGAAAAAUGGAUGGAGCUAGAAAACAUUAUUUUGAGUGAGGUAACCUAGACACAGAAAGACAAUUAUCACAUGUACUCACUCAUAGGUGGUUUUUAAACACAAAGGAAUGAAAGCCAGCCUACAAACCACAAUCCCAGAGAAUUUAGACAACAAUGAGGACCCUAAGAGAGACUUACAUAGAUCUAAUCUACAUGAAAAGUAGAAAGUAGAAAAAGACAAGAUCUCCUAAGUAAAUUGGGAGCAUGGGGACCUUGGGAGAGGGUUGAAGAGGGGAGGGGAGCAGAGAAAAAUGUAGAGCUCAAUAAAUAUCAAUUAAAAAACAGGGGAGAAAGGGAAAAGUUAAAAUUUUAAGACUCAGGUGGCAGGUUUAGCUGUGAAGAUCUGUCAACAACUGUCUCAAGAGAGGGGCUCCUGGGAUGAUCAAGCAUAUUAUCUCAUUAAGGGAAUAAUUAUUCCUCUCAUCUCCUUAGCAUGUCUUCAGGCAUACUGGCUUUCCUGAGGAGUGGUCUCUUGCUCAAGUGAUAGACAGGUUGGACUAACCCUUAAAGCAAGAGACGAUAAUAUUUACUAUUUCAAUUUCUCAAAGAUUAAAUUAUCACGUCUCCAGUUAGGGUCAGUGGUCAAAGUCAGAAUUCAUUCUUUUGACCAGAGGGACACACUUCCCUUUAAUGGGCCCCAAGCAAGCCCUGAUCUGUCUACACUUCCUUUCUUCUCCUUUCAGGUCAAGCUGCUUUAUUACAUACAUCUCAAAUAAUUUAAUACAGCAUCCAUCUUGCAUCUAGUCUCCUUUCAGUACACUAACUUUAUCAUUAAGUAUAAGAGACGAGGGGAGCCUUGGGGAGAUAGCUCAGUGGGGGAGGGUGCUUUCUGUCCAAGCAUGAGGAGUUCAUUACAGGUGAGAGCUUAAGACUCCUGCAGUCUUCAGACCUCCAGCUCUGCCACGGCAGGAAUUCCCUUCUCCAUCCCAUCCCCCAAAAGUAAUUAAAAAAAUUCCAUCUAGAUUUUUCUUUGAAAUCUAGAUAGUGGGGCAUUGAAACAUGAAUAGAUUUAAAUCUAUUCUUUUUUAAAUAAAUUUUUUGUUUGUUGGUUUUUGAGACAAGGUUUAUUUGUGUAGUUCUGGCUGUCCUGGACCAGGCUGGGCUAGAACUCAAAUUAGUCUGCCUCCGCCUCCCUAGUGGUGGAAUUAAAUGCAUGUGCCAUCACCGCCCAGCUAAUAGAAUGAAUUCUACGCAAAGGAGUCAAAAUAAAAUCUAGCCAAUAACAUCUGCGCCUAGGAAUGUUCUCAGUAGAAAAACAGCAGAAGACCUACGUUUAAAUUCAUCUUCUGCAUUUCCGGAAAGAAUCACAGGAUAAAGUGGGACAAGCAUUUUGGAUGAAGGAAAAGAAACUAAAGAGAUAUACAUACUUAAUACUACCUGUAAUUAUUUUCAACAUAUUGGCUCAGAUAAUAAAAAAACACGCAUAUUAUGUAUGGAAAAGAAGUUAACGUUAAAUACUGGGGGUAACUAAUAAUAAAGGUAGGACCACGACUUUUAGAGGUCAUUGUUCUAAACCAACAUUGCUAUAGAUAGAGGUCAGCCCGCAGCCCACAUAGCUUUCUCCCAGCUAGCUGUAUCUGCAAACCUCACUGGGCCUAGUGCUUACACGUGGGCCCUGAAUGUGGCGCCCAACCUAGAUUUAAACUCUUUGCGUAGCUGAGGGUGACCUUGAACUUUUUCCUGGUCCUCUCGCUUUCACCACCCCCAUGUUGGUUGGUUUUUUUCUGAGAGUCAAGAAACGGGCGUUGGCCGGUCCCCACCAUUUCCAAAGACCCUAACAGACAAGGAGUGUGCCCAUUACCACGUGGGGGAGGAGUUCGGCCAAGAGCCGCCGACUCCAGGCCACACCACACAGGCCCGGCUCGCCAGGAUUCACCGAAACCUCGCCUCUUGCUAGGCAACCGAAUCUCCACGGCGACCGGAAGAGGAAGAUGCAGUGCUGCCAGGAACCGCGUAGGGCGGGCGCACGCAGUCUCCCUGGGCUCCGCGGAGACAGGGAUACACAGCGUCCCGGUCACCAUGAAAACAGGCCACACCCCGGCCAUCCCGGCCCGUGCCUGCCCAGUGCGCAGACGCACAUGCCGUCCCGCGCAUGAGCAGUGCGGCUUGGAGCCCGCCAGCCCGUGUCUCCGGCGCCAGCUACGCCGCUGUGGCUGUCACUAUGGCCCAUUACAAAGCCGCCGACUCGAAGCGCGAGCAGUUCCGGAGGUACUUGGAGAAGUCGGGGGUGCUGGACACGCUGACGAAAGUGUUGGUAGCCUUAUAUGAAGAGCCAGAGAAGCCCACCAGUGCUCUGGAUUUUUUAAAGCAUCACUUAGGAGCUGCUACCCCGGAAAGCCCAGAAAUAGAGCUGCUUCGCCUAGAAUUGGCAGAAAUGAAAGAGAAAUAUGAAGCUACUGUAGAAGAAAAUAAAAAACUGAAAGCAAAGCUUGCUCAGUAUGAGCCACCUCAGGAGGAGAAGCGUGCUGAAUAGGAUUCUUCUCAGUUGAAAAGACACUGAAAACUGGUUUUGUAUCACUUGAAUAGCUUGUAUAGUAUAUAAUCUUUCCUGAAAAGAUGCUAUAAACUUUUAAUAUGUAAAAUCCACUCACCACACUUUAAUGUUAUAAACACAUAUACAUAGAAUCACCAAUAAAAACUCAAUAUAA